GCACCAGCAGAGACAGCCCAUCACACACACAGAGCGAGCGAACAUGGCGGGCGCCUCCGACCCUCUGGAAGACAUGCUCUUCUCCGAGGUGGACGAGAAAGCCGUGAGCGAUCUAGUGGGCUCGCUGGAGUCUCAGCUUGGGGGUCAACGCGACGCGACGCGCGCGCAGCCCGAGAACGCGCGCCCGGGCAGCGAGAGGCAGCAGCAGCAGCAGCAGCAACCAGGAGGAAGAGCUCAUGUAGACUCUCCAUCAGAACCACAACAACAAACACAGCAGCAGAACGCGAGGAAAGCGGCGCGCAACCCGGAUUCAGACCCGAAAGACGCCAGCAUGGAUAAGCACCCGAAAGCCCUGGAGAAGGAGAGUCCUCUGAAGUCUCACGGCAGCAUCAUCAUCAUCACUACGGCUGCAGCCUCCGACGGGGGAUCCGCUCCUGCACCGGGCAACAAAGGUGAGAGCCCGAGGGACACCCGCAAGAAACACCCGAACGCGCGCGCGCGACGCGCCUCAGCGUCCCACAGUCUCAACGGCGCAGCAUCAGCAUCACCCAGCACCUCCAGCCCGACUAUCACCGUGGCCAGUAACCCGCAGGCGAUCGCGCUGGACCGCGGGACGCCCACCAUCGCGCUGCACCGACUCCCGCGGCACAUUAUCGCCAGCAUCGCGCAGAAUGGAAACGGAACGUCGGUGUCCGCGCUGGUCCAGCAGGGCGCGCGGAUUGGAGCGGCGGGCGCGCAGGUGAACCACAGCAAAGCACCGGGGAACAACGCGAAAGCCGCGUCGCCUCCCGCCGCGCCCGCAGCAACGCCUGUCAAACCCGCUGUCAGUGUCAGUGCUGCUCCGGGCGUCAGACCCGCGCAGCCCCCUGCGCAACAGAGGCUCGUAACGCCGCAGCUGAUCGUCAGACCACCGCAACAACAAACUACCAUUCAGCUGCCACCCGGAUUCACCAUCCCGCCAGGUAUGGUGCUGGUCCGCACAGAGAUGGGUCAGCUGGUGAUGGUUCCUCAACAGGCUCUGGCUCAAGCUCAGGCUCAGAACAGCAUCUCACCGAGACCCUCCACACCCACCAGCACAGCCACCUUCAGGGUCACGACCCCACAGUCUCCUGUUAGCACUCAGGCGAUCCGUCCCGCUCCCGCGGCUCAAACUAAACUGGUCCAGUCCAGUUCACCGGCCCAGACCAGCACCGCAACCGGCCCCACUAAGGGCCCCGUGGCAGCCGGCGUGGCAGUGACAGCUCCCCAGCAGGUCCAGCCGGCCCCGGGCCCCCAGGGGUCCCUCACUCAGAUGCCACUGGCCCCUCAGAGCGCAGUCGCCCCGGCCCCCGGAGCCCCGGUCGUCUCCCAGGAGAUGCAGGAGAACGUGAAGAAGUGCAAGAACUUCUUAGCGACGCUCAUCAAGUUGGCAUCCCAUAAUUCCCCUUCCCCGGAGACGUCUCGAAACGUGAAGGCGCUGGUGCAGGAUCUACUGGAUGCAAAGAUCGACCCGGAGGAGUUCACCAGCCGGCUACAGUCCGAGCUCAAGUCGUCUCCGCAGCCUUACCUGGUCCCUUUCCUGAAGAAAAGUCUCCCUGCGUUGCGCCUGUCUCUCCUGAACAGCCAGCACUCUCUCACUCAACCUCUCCAGCCCAACAAGAGCAGUGUGACACCGGUCCAGACGAGUGUCAGUGUCCGUCCACAGCAGCCCAACAGCACCGCCGUCCUGCCGCAAGGUAUAAAGAGGGCGGCGGGUCCUGGCGGUCAGAUACGGAUGCCUGUGGUCAUCACACAGACGGUGCGAGCGACAGGUACUUUAGGGAAGCCUGCAGGUCUCCAGAUGGGCAAGAGCCCUGUGGGCGUCAGCGUUCAGCUCUCAGGAAACCAGAAGAACCGGCUGACUGACCCGGGGGGCGGCUCGUACAGAGACGAUGAUGACAUCAAUGAUGUGGCGUCUAUGGCCGGCGUGAACCUCAACGAAGAGAGCGCUCGUAUUCUAGCGACCAACUCUGAGCUGGUGGGAACGCAGAUCCGCUCCUGUAAAGACGAGGCGUUCCUGCCGACGGGUCUGUUACACCGGCGGAUACUGGAAACAGCUAAGAAGUUUGGAGUGACGGACGUACCGCUGGAGGCUGUGAGCUUCAUCUCUCACGCCACCCAGUCCAGAUUACGAACGGUGCUGGAGAAAGUUUCCUCCAUCGCCCAGAACAGAAUGGACUCUUGUAAGGAAGGCGAGGGGUACGAGCAGUCGUCUGAUGUGCGCUCGCAGCUCAGGUUUUUUGAGCAGCUGGAACGGAUGGAGAAGCAGAGGAAAGAUGAGCGAGAGCGAGAGAUUCUCCUCCGCGCGGCGAAGGUAAUCUCUCAGAUCCUCUCCUGGCGAACGCUAAUGACGGAGAAGCGCAAACUGGACUAA